AUGAAAGGAAUUUUAUUAAUAGUCAUUGUAGCAGCCGUAAACUGUGCUCUUUCAGAAGAUGAGAAACGCAAGCACGACUGGCAGAUUUGGAAAUAUCAUUAUAAACACUUGCCAAAUGGUGGAUAUAAAUAUGAAUAUUAUACUUAUGAUUACAAACAUGGAAAGGAAACUGGUGGAUUUGAAACAAUUGGAGAUAAACAAGUGUUUGUUGUGGAAGGAUAUUGCACGUAUGUUGCAAAUGGCAAUACAUAUAUUACAGUACGUUAUAGGGCAGAUGAUAAAGGAUUCCAUCCAACAAUAUCAAAUAACUAUAAUGGUGGAUUUGGAUCUAGUGCUCCUUCGAUGACAGAUAUAUCAGAUCAUGCACGUUUAUCGUUAGUAGGAGGAUGA